AUAAACCGUUCAUUGCCGAAGGUGGCGUCGUUUUUCGCAGUACAAUAAUUGAUAAUUAUACAGAAAAGAGCAAAUUUUCCUCAAGAAAUACCAACGUUACUUUAACAUAAGCAUUAAAUAUGACAUCCACCGAAUUGAAAAUUGGCUUGGGUACCAGCGCUCGUCCUUCCAGUCGCGUACUGAAGCCUCCAGGCGGUGGACAUACCAACAUCUUUUCGGAACCCGAAGUAGCUGUUAAUGCACCGCGUUCCAAAUACAAUCAACAAAACUCUUCCAAUAUGAAUGCAUGCAUAGGCUCGACAGAUGCCAACAAGGUUGUGGAGAAGCUACGUGAUGAGGUAGCCAGCCAAAAGGAGGAGCCAAAGCCAGCGCCCGUCAGCCAGCCCAAAGAAACAACCAAUGGCAACAAGGCGGCGACAAAUGAACCGGCACGUGGCCGUGUUCCACCAGGCGGUUACUCAUCAGGAGGUUUUUGGUAGAAGAUGAAAGAUGGCUAAGCUGUGUGGCUGUCACGCAUUUACUGACGCUCUUAUACACUCAUGCAUACACACACA